CGGCAAUGGUCCUUCCAAUUUGGAGAAAGAGACGAUGAUGUCGUGCGCUCGGUGGCUUGUUGUAGUGGUGGUGGCAGUUGUGGUGGCUGCUGCUGUCGUGGCCAGCAGUGACAGCCACAGACACGAUCAGCACAGUGGGACGGGCAAACGAUUACAGAUUGGGGUGAAGCAUAGAAGUGAGGACUGCCAUCUGAAAUCAGGAACCGGAGACACGCUCGCCGUCCACUACACGGGAUACCUGGCGGACACUGGCGACACGUUUGACAGCAGCUUGCCGCGUGGCGAUCCGCUUGUGUUCACGCUGGGGGAUAAUCAAGUCAUCCAAGGCUGGGAACAAGGCUUGCUCAACAUGUGCAUCGGAGAAGUGCGAUCUCUCGCUGUCCCGUGGACUCUCGCGUAUGGAGACUAUGGAGCACCGCCCGCCAUCCCUCCCCGUGCAAAUCUUCGCUUUGAAGUGGAGCUCCUGCACAUCGACAAGCGGCACACCGACAGCCAUCACAGCACUGCAAGCAGCAAAAGCGAACUCUGACCUGAGUGGAGCAGAGUAAGCAAGAGCAAGCACAACAAGCAGAGCAGAGUCAUCACAACAAACAAGCAAGAGCAAGCACAGCCGCCACUGAACACCACCAGCCAGCGCGCCGUUGCGUUUUAUGCUGUCGUUACCUGUCCUAUUUGAAUGCGCACUGGAUGUCUGUGAUUUGUGUGCGAAACAUACUUGUUAUCACCUAUACACCGUAG